AAUGGAAGAUCAUGGGUAACUUAUAUGCACUAUUCUCUAGCAGUGGAAAACAAUCCCAAAGUUUUGGUAGCUUGGUUCACUGGCAAAUUAGUACCCGAAAUAGAACUAUUGUCAAACGAUACCCUAGCUAGAGGAAUAACUUACGUUCAUGAGGAAUUUAUGGGUCACAUAUACAAUGUCACUCUACCGGAUAAACUAAUACAUUCCGACUGGCAAAGUAACCCCCAUUUCAGAUGCACAUACUCCUACCAGACGCCUGCAGCCAAGAAGGGCAAAAAAGCAACUAGUGCUCAGGAAGAUUUAGCGGAUCCCAUCAGAUCGGCUCAGGGUAGACUGAUCCUCCAGUUUGCCGGCGAGGGUACUCAUCCGCAUCACUAUUCCAACGUGCACGGAGCAGUCGAAACAGGUUUCAGGGAAGCAGAACGGAUAAUCAGUUAUUAUGGAAAGACAACAAAUAUUUGAAAUAUAAAUUAUGUAUUCUAUUUUGAUUCACGGUGGAUUUAUGGAGCAGUUUUAAGUUUUAAGUCAUUCGUUUUUAGUAAGUA